AUGAGGGAUCUGCGCCUAAAUGGACGCUACAUGCCUCUGGACAAUCAGCCACGAGAUGGGGUUUCUCAGGUCAGCGUGCAGGGGCUCUCCCUCGGGUGCUCGUCUGACUCCUGCCGGAAGAACCAGUGCAGCCUCCCGUUCACCUGCGUGGACCUCUGGAGAGUUCACGAAUGCAGGUGUCCCCCAGGUCACAUGAUCCGCUCCAACGGCACCAGGAAGUCAUGCGUGUACACCCUGUGCGCCACACGGCCGUGUCACCGCGGGACCUGCGUGGCUCAGACCCCCUCCAAGUUCACCUGUCACUGUCCCGAGGGCUACAGGGGGCGCCACUGCGAGACCACGCUGGCCAUCUACAGGGAGGAAGUGGGCCUCAGCUUCAGCUCGCUCUUCGCCAUUUGCAUCUGCUUCAUGGCACUGCUCGAAGAGCAGAAGAGCGGCCCAUGUGCUGAUGCAAAAGAUGGCUCUGUGGUCAUUAGCGCUGGCCACUCACUGCUGUCUUUACUGUGA